CCCGCCCGGCCUGCCUGCCUGCCUCCUCCUCCUGGCCGCCUGGAUCGCUGGGGCCGGGGUCCGAGGGGCCGGGAGAGGAGGGCGGAGAGGAGCCCUGGGGGAGGGAGCGAGCGAGCGAGCGAGCGAGAGGCCGAGAGCGCGGGAGGCGGCGCCGGGGCCCGAUGGCCGCGGAGGAAGUGACUGGCGGGGCGCGGAAGGCGACGAAGAGCAAACUUUUCGAGUUCUUGGUCCAUGGGGUGCGCCCGGGGAUGCCGUCAGGUGCGCGCAUGCCCCACCAGGGGGCUCCAAUGGGUCCCCCAGGCCCCCCCUACGUCGGGAGCCCCUCUGUGCGCCCCGGGAUGCCUCCAGCCACGAUGGAGCCCACCCGUAAGAGGGCCGCCCCCCAGCAGGGCCAGCAGCAGCAAGCGCCGACGCCGCAGCAGACAACGCCACAGCAGCAGCAGACAACCCAGGGGCCACAGGGCCCCCCCCGGCAGCAGGGCGGCGCCACUCAGAGCCGGCCCAGGAGUGCUAAGCGCAGGAAAAUGGCUGACAAAAUCCUCCCACAGAGGAUCCGGGAAUUGGUGCCGGAGUCGCAGGCCUACAUGGACCUCCUAGCCUUUGAGCGGAAGCUGGAUCAGACAAUCAUGCGGAAGCGUGUGGACAUCCAGGAGGCCCUGAAGAGGCCCAUGAAGCAAAAGCGGAAGUUGCGCCUUUACAUCUCCAACACCUUCAAUCCGGCUAAGUCAGAUGCAGACGACUCCGACGGGAGCAUUGCCUCUUGGGAGCUACGUGUGGAAGGAAAGCUCCUUGAUGAUCUCAGUAAACAGAAACGGAAGUUUUCCUCCUUCUUCAAGAGUUUGGUCAUUGAGCUGGACAAGGACCUCUAUGGGCCAGACAACCAUCUGGUGGAGUGGCACCGGACGCCCACCACCCAGGAGACGGACGGCUUCCAGGUGAAGAGGCCCGGGGACGUCAGCGUGCGCUGCACCCUCCUGCUCAUGCUGGAUUACCAGCCCCCACAGUUCAAACUCGACCCCCGUCUGGCCCGCCUGCUGGGCAUCCACACGCAGACGCGCUCGGCCAUCAUCCAGGCGCUCUGGCAGUAUAUCAAGACGAACAAGCUGCAGGACUCCCACGACAAGGAGUACAUCAACUGUGACAAGUACUUCCAGCAGAUCUUUGACUGUCCACGACUGAAGUUCUCUGAAAUCCCCCAGCGCCUGACGAAUCUGCUGCUGCCCCCUGACCCCAUCGUCAUCAACCACAUCAUCAGUGUGGACCCCAAUGACCAGAAGAAGACGGCCUGCUACGACAUUGACGUGGAAGUGGAGGACCCACUGAAGGGCCAGAUGAGCAGCUUCCUCCUCUCCACGGCGAACCAGCAGGAGAUCACUGCCCUGGAUAACAAGAUUCACGAGACAAUUGAGUCCAUCAACCAGCUGAAGAUCCAACGAGACUUCAUGCUCAGCUUCUCCAAAGACCCCAAGGGCUACAUCCAGGAGCUCCUCCGGUCCCAGAGCAGGGACCUCAAGGUCAUGACGGAUGUGGUUGGGAAUCCGGAGGAGGAGCGCCGUGCAGCAUUUUACCAUGAGCCAUGGUCCCAGGAGGCCGUCAGCCGCUACUUCUACUGCAAGAUCCAGCAGCGUCGGCAAGAGUUGGAGCAGUCUCUCGGGGUGCGCAACACAUAAAGUCCCCCCGCAGGCCAUGCUGGCCCAUGGACUCCUCCAUCGCGCUCCUUGGCUCCCGCAGUACGCAGACUGGCUCCAUGACUGACCCGGAGGCCCUGCGCCAGCCUCACCAGCUUCCACGUGUGUGUUUUGCCCCACCAGCCUGCUUCUCCUCCUCUUCCUCCUCUUCCUCCUGAAGAAACCUGGGCCAGGCUGCGAGGCCAAGAGGCUUCUCCCCACUUGGUUCCUGCUGGACCCUGGCGUGUGCCAUGUAGGGAUUCUUGUGGGCUCAAGCCAGGAGGAUUUGGGGCUGUGGAGGGGAGGCCCACAGCAGAACUGCCCCCCACCCGGUUUCCUCCUGUUUGUCCCCCUGGCCUCUGCUUUGGGCUCCCUGGCUGGGUCUCUGUCCAGAGAGAGCCUGCAGAGGAAUGGGGGGGGGCAAAGAGUGGGGGGCUUAGGUCUGCAUGGUGUGUGUGUGUGUGUGUGUGUGUGUGUGCUUGCAGACGCACAUCCCAGCAGCUCCUGGCAGGUCUCCGAAUGCUGAGCCCCACCUGCACUGAAAGAGGGGCUUCUGUCCCCACUCUGCCAGCCCCCUCCAAGAGGUGGGUCAGGGGAGGUAUGGCAAAGGCAGGCCUAUUCUGCAGCCUCUGUAGGAUGGCCAAAUGCAGAGCCCCCCAGCCCCCAGGAAGGCCAUAAGGAAGCUCCAGGGCCCUUGCUCCUCUCCUCUCACCCCCCCCCCAAAUUGCGCUGUCAAGUAUGGAGAUGUGAAACUAACAAAAAUUUUGACAUCAUGCAGAAAAGUUGUGUUUUCCCUCCCCCCUUUUUUCUUUUAAAGGAGGGCCAUAGAAAUGGAAAUGUUGAGAAGAAAUCGAAAAAUGCAGGAUUGAGAUGAUGGAUAAUAACUUGGUUUGGCCUCAAAUUGCGUUUGGCAGAAAGUGAACUCUUUCUUCAUGAAAUAAUAACAAGUUGCAUUUUGAAAUGUUGAGGCACAGGGUCCCCAUUUGUAAGGAAUCCCUUGGGCUUUAAGGGGCCUCUUUGAUUGUGCCAUUUUUUGCAGA